GUGAUGAUGUAGAUUCCAUAGCUGGAGGCUACCUAGGAGGUACUAUGUAAACUGGACGGCCGGAAAAUCAUCGGACCCAAUUCUCUUAGUCAGCCAAUCAAAGUCUUCCCUGUGAUAGCUAACCUUAAAUUUUAUCGUCAGAGCUCGACCAAUAACGGACCCCGCCAAAAUUCUUGAGCGCUACACUUUCACCAGUAAAGUUGCGUCUAGUCGGUAUAAGUCGUCGACCAUUUUCACUACUCCCGUAAAUAUCAACUGCUCCUGAUAUAAUAAUACAAUAUCGUACGCCAUGCCUGGAAGAACGAAGACUCGCGACGAUGCGCCCGAGGAGGUAGAUACCUCCAUGGACGAUGCUCCCACCUCGGCGCAACAGCCCGUAGAAGAGGAAAACGGAGAUGCCAUGCAGGAGGACGGAUCGGAAGGCGAUGAGGACCCUGUUGAGGAAGAAGAAGAAGAGGAGGAACCCCAGCGAGUUAGAAUUCUACCGGGAUCAUCUGAAACGGCAGCUUCUUUCGAAUUCCUGAAGGAGGGUCACACACUUGGCAAUGCUCUGCGAUAUAUAAUCAUGAAGAACCCGGACGUCGAAUUCUGCGCGUACGCCAUUCCCCAUCCUUCCGAGGACAAGAUGAACUUGAGAAUCCAAACAUACGACACGACGACUGCUGCUGCUGCGUUGGCCAAAGGCCUCCAGGACAUAGAGGACCUCUGUGAUGUCGUUGCCGACGAAUUCUGGACAGAGCGAGAGAAGUUCGAAGCAACCCCGGAGCAGGCUCGCAAGAGGCAAGAAGAAGCAGAGAGGAGAAGACAGGCAGUUCAGACUAGUUAAGAGUAUCUUGGCACAAUAUGGAGGAUAUGGCAUUUGCGGCGUUCGGAGUAUGAUAGACAAACAACUUUCUCAGGUCUAGGAUUUGACUUCGGGUCUUGCUAUGUACAAUACAGCGGGACGAUACCCAUAUCUAGUUGCGACCCUAAGGCACUGUUAGCGGGAAGGCUCCCAUGUGAGGGAUCUCGUAAUAGAGACUUGCCUCUAAGAAACCUUGCAUGAAAUUGUUCGGCAGUCUGUUGGCUCCUCGGAAGUGUUCGCUAUUGAAAUAAGACAUGACAUGUGUAGUCUGCUUCCAGAAGUUCAUGGUUUCCUAAUGUAUAAACCUAUUAGUAAUGUUCCUAAUAUGAACAUAUUGCGCCCCUCAUUUUAUAUCCAGCCCGCUCGGUACCCGUAGCUGUGUAUCGAGCUAUCUAUCGACUGACCUGGUAUUCUGCGUUGUUUUGC